CUGUUAGAAAUGCGGUUAAGCCACUUAAUGUAGAGUAAAAUCACAUCAAUCAUGUUGACUGAUGCAGAAAGCCAUUCAGCCCUUUCCCUACUAAUUAUCAGCUGUUAAAUUCUUACAUGUAUCGAUUGGUUGUUUGUUUUAACCUCAGAUUCUAAAGUCCAGUGAUUCAUUGCAAAAUAACACACGCUCACACACACAAUCACAUGGACACAUUUAGUGCAGCCACACACACACACACACACACACACACACACACACCAAGUGACACAGAACAACUGACAAAGGCAAAUGUAGACCUUUGCUCUUUUAGUGUGGUGUUGUGGGAGGGUGGAUGUAGUCUAUGUCAGUUUAGCCUCAGUGGCUGACAGGAUGCUGAGUGUGGUGAGUCUGGUGUCUCUGCUGGUCCUGGGGUUGGCCUGGACCCUGAAAGCCAUCCCUGUGCACUCAGAACCUCUUGUCACCACACAGGAGAGCUUCGAUGUUGACAGGUUCAUGGGGAGGUGGUUUGAGGUAGCAGUUGUUUCUACCUGUCCUCACUAUAUGGAGCACAAGAGGGGAAACCCUGCCAUAGUUGCAAUGGAGCUGCAACAAAUUGCCACAGUAGGCAACUUCACCAUGACAUCCACUAGUUUGCGGAAUGGUUCAUGUAAGCAGACAACUACACAUUUUAGUGUGACCGACACUCCUGGAAGGUUCUUCCAUCAUUUUGCAAGAUUUGGGGCAGAUGUGGAUUCUUUUGUGGUUCAUACAAACUAUGAUGGUUUUGCAAUGAUGCUUCAGCUUAGCACAGAGAAACCAUCGGGGAUUCAAACCAUCAAAGCCAAGCUUUACAGUCGAACUAUGAACAUGGGUUCCGAUGUGAUGGAAAACUUCAAAACGCUGGUCAGACAUCACGGAAUGAGUGACGACAAUAUCAUCAUAAAUCAGAGCAAAGGUGAGUGUGUUCCAGGUGAGCAGGUGACAAAACCCACCCCAGCUCAAUCUCAGGGGGAGAGCUCCAGUUGAAUACUGAAGAGGAGGAACAUCACACCCAAAACACAUGAAACACUAUUGUGUCAUCAUUCUAUAAAUGCAUUGUCAGAAACAUCUUCUUAUGGGUUAAUUAAUGCAACACUGUGUUGUCAACAUUGACUUUGCAUGGCAAUUCUGUAUACAUAGGCCUGUAAGUCCCUGUUUCAUAUAGGCAUUUGUUCAUGCUUGACAGACUUUUUUUGGUCAAAAUAAUUGGUAUUCAGGUUCUUCACUCUCUAUUAAAUUGAUUCUGUGUUUA